AUGCCGAAAGAGCCUUGGUUAGCCGAGAGUAUAAGCGAAUUAGGUAGUGAGAACAUUCAAAAUCCUUCUGAUGUUCGUAACCAAGUGGAAGAGGUACAGCAUAAUACUAUUCGACUUUCGGCAGAACAUGUGGCCGGAAAAAGCCAAACGCAAGCUGGUGUGUUAAUCACGCAUGUUGAGGAAAACGUUCUAUUUAUUAUGGAAGAGCAUCCGAAAGGUGUCAAUUACGCCGAAGAACAUGACGAAGAGUCUCGGCAGGUAGAUGGGUCGUCAUCUGUUAAUCUUUUGGAGGUGUCUGAGAAUUAUGUUGUUGUUAAUAUAAAUUGUUAUGAAUUAUUAGAUAAUGUGGGGAGUUCUUCACAAAUAUAUGAGCAGCGUAAAAGUAAACAAUAUGUGCAGCUUUAUUUCUAUGAUGGCCAGCACAAAGUCCAGAAUCGAGUAAAUUGUUUUCCUGAAGUACGGGAAGAUAUUAUUCGUAUAUUAAUGAAGAUUACUGAGAUCAAUCCUUAUGUAAGAUUAUUCAGAUCGUUGAGGGAAAUAGAGAUUGAUGAAAACACGCAGAUAGUCUUAUCUCAAAGUACUGUUUUGGAUCAACGGGUUUACAAUGCACCUGUCUCAGAUGAAGUUGUUGUAGUGUGGUCAGAUGGUGCGUCUUCAAGUCAAAUAAGCACUCCACAUAUUCUUGUGUAUGGAAAUUCUGCUCAAACUCAUUGUAUUUGUCACUAUUAUGGGUGCUAUGAUCUACUACAAUAUCCACUGUUAUUCCCCCAUGGUGAAUGUGGAUGGACUCAAAAUCUUAAGAAACAGGUUUGUGCUGGGAAAAAGCAUACAAAUCAAGUUCCAGAUCCUAUAACUUCUUGCGUAGUUCAUACCGUGCAAAAUUUUUUGGAUGAAGAAGAAUCACGUGUUGUUAAACACAUAACAAGAGCUGAUAAAUAUAUUUCUCCAAGAGAAUACUAUGCCUACAAAUUACAAAUUAGGCCCAAAAAUAUGCUCCUAAGAGGUGGAAGAUGUUUUCAGCAGUUUGUUGUUGACAUGUAUGUCAAGAUAGAGAAUUUAAGGCUCGAUUAUCUACGAAACAAUCAAGAUAUAAUUAGAGCUGAUCUUUAUCAAGGUAUUCUUGAUAGUGUGUUAGGUGGAGAGACAGAUGCUUCGAAGAUUGGACAUCUUGUUGUUUUGCCUCCAUCGUUCCUUGGGUGUCCUAGAGAUCUUAAACGUCGAUAUCUAAAUGCAAUGGAAUUAGUUCAGAGAGGCCCAAAAGAGUAUGAUAAAUUUGUUUGUGCUGAAAUCUCGUUGUUUGAUAAUCCUCAUCUUCGUAAAGUUGUCUUAACUCAUAUGAUGCACGGGCCUUGCGGCAAGCUGAAUCCAAAAUGUCCUUGCAUGAAAAUGGAUGGGAGAAAGUUAGUCUGUAAAAAUGGAUAUCCAAAAGACUACAAUUUUGAAACAGCAAACAACAAAGAUGGAUAUCCUAUAUAUAGGAGAAGACAAAUAGGUGAAAAGGUAUGCUCAACUAUCAAAGCAGUAAAAUAUUUGUACAAAUACGUUUACAAAGGGCACGAUCGAAUAUCAUUCAAGAUAUCUGCCACAAAUGAUAAUAAAGUUGAUGAAAUUGAACAAUUUGAAUCUGGCAGGUGGGUAUCCCCAUGUGAAGGAGUAUGGCGAAUAUUUGGGUUUGAUUUGUAUGAAAUCUAUCCUCCUGUUAUGCCGUUGCCUAUACAUCUUCCGUAUAUGCAAUCCAUUGCUGUAAGACCACAUGAAAAUCUCAAACGGGUAGUGAGAGAUCCUAAGCGUUCACGUACACCAUUGACAGAAUACUUUGCAAUGAAUUUUACAAUUAAUGGUGGCAUUAACCUUUUAUAUGGUGAAUUUCCAGAGCACUACAGAUGGGAUGCAAGUACAAAGGAAUGGAAAGGCAGGAAAAAUACACUAACUGUUGUUGGGAGGAUAUCGUUUGUCUUACCUGCUGAAGACUUAUGUACGGUUGAUAAUUAUGUCUGUGCUACAUUUCAAGAAACUGCUAAACGACUUGGUCUUUUAGAAGACGAUGAUGCUGCAUCUAUUUGCCUGGCUGAAGCUGCAGAGGUACAGUUACCAGGUGCUUUUAGACGACUAUUUGCAACAGUUCUGAUAUUUUUUCAACCGAGCGAUCCAUCUGCUUUAUGGGAAAAAUAUUACACAUCGUUGUCAGAAGAUUUUAGGUAUCAAUUCAAGGAUUGUACCGAAAAAAUAAAACAGCUGACUGUCAGUUUGUUAGAACAACAUCUUGAAUCAAUUGGUAAAUCACUAAAAACUUUUGGGCUAGAUCAUCUAAGUUAUAAUGUCAGUGAUGAGUUUAGAAAAACGAGAGAUAUAGCAGAUGCUUUAAAUACAGCUAUUCUUGAAGAAUUCAUAAAUUCAAAAGAACGUUUGAAUCCAGCUCAAUUGAAAGAAUUUGAUUACAUAAUGAAACACGUCAAUGAGGGAAAAGGAGAAAUUCGAAUAAUGAAUAAAAUUGUGUUGCCAACUGCAUUAUCUGGAAUAGCAGCAUCAAAUCUCCCUUCAGGCAGAACAGCUUAUUCAAGAUUUAAAAUACCAGUUGAUCAUAAGAGUUGUUUUACAUGUGAUGUGCCAAAACAAAGUAGUUUAGCACAUUUAAUAAAAGAGACAACUUUGAUUAUCUGGGAUGAGGCUUCUAUGACCAACAAGGCGAAUUUACAGGCCCUUGAUUUGCUGUUACAAGAUAUCUGUGAAAAUACAACACUUUUUGGUGGUAAGCUUAUCAUUUUUGGCGGAGAUUUUAGACAGGUUCUACCAAUUGUACCUCAAAAGACCUUAAGACAAGCUGUUGAAUCAAGCAUUAUCGCUUCAUAUAUCUGGCCAUCUCUGAAAAGAUUUAAAUUAACAGAAAAUCAGCGAGCUCGUGAAGAUCUUGCAUUCUGUUCGUUUUUGUUAUCUCUUGGCAACGGUGAAUAA